AAUAACCCUUAAACCUAGUGGCUUUAAAACAACUCUUUAUUUGCUGACGCUCCUGCAGUUUGGGGUAGGCUCUGGGCAGUACUUCUGGUCUCACUCAUGUGGCUGCAGUCACCUGAGGGAUCCACUGGAGCUGUGUGACCCAGAGUGCUCCCCUCACACGUCUUGUGGGUCAGCUGAGGCGACGGUAGCAGCAUUCCAGAAGGACAAGGCCAGGGUCACCUGCUUGUCAAGCUUGUGCUUACCGUGUAGUCUGCUGAUGUCCCUGUGGACAAGAGUUAGGUUUCAUGGCCAAGACAGAGUCUGCAUGGUUGGGGGCUCCGUAGCGUUGUAGACACCAGGAGGCGGGAUUCACUGCACUGUUAAUAGGCAAGCAACCACGUACUUCAGACUUCAAAGUACAUGUCUGUAUUUCCUGACCUAGGUUAUAAACUUUCAGAUAGGUAAGAGUGUGGUUUUUGCUUAACAGUGUCUGUGUCUCUGCACUGAGAGGUGGGGAGCAGAGAAGGGGUCCCAGAAUCAAUGACUUGUGAUGGUGAAGGUAGUUGUCUGUACUUCCCUGAGCUGGAUCAGGAAAGAACCUUUCCUCUUCCUAUUGGUUCUUCUUCCUCUAGGAGCUCCUUUGCAGACUUCUCUGUGGAGUCGUCUUCCUGAACAUGAUGGCAUUGUCCGUUUCCACGGUGAAUCCUCUGUGAUGCUGUCAGUUCCUUGGCUGCAGCUCCUCUGGAAGCUUAAACUAAAAUCUGUUUGCUGGUUUCUUCUCAAUGAAUUUUUAGCCUCAGAACGGUCCUUGUAAUUGCCUGUUAGGCAUCUCUACAUGAGAAAUCGUGCACCUUCCAAAGUAAUGCCUCUUCUAUACACUAGAAGACCUCUUUGCAUUUCCUGUUUUAGAUCAAUGAACUGAGCCAUGUUCAGAUCCCAGUUAUGUUGAUGCCAGAUGACUUCAAAGCCUAUUCAAAGAUCAAAGUGGACAAUCACCUGUUUAACAAAGAAAACAUGCCGAGCCAUUUCAAGUUCAAGGAAUACUGCCCCAUGGUUUUCCGUAAUCUGCGGGAGAGAUUCGGAAUCGAUGACCAGGAUUUCCAGAAUUCCUUGACCAGAAGCGCACCCCUUCCCAACGACUCGCAGGCCCGCAGCGGGGCACGGUUCCACACGUCCUACGACAAGAGAUACGUCAUCAAGACCAUCACCAGCGAAGACGUGGCCGAGAUGCACAACAUCCUGAAGAAAUACCACCAGUACAUAGUGGAAUGUCACGGGAUCACUCUUCUCCCCCAGUUCCUGGGCAUGUACCGGCUUAAUGUCGACGGCGUGGAAAUAUACGUGAUUGUUACCAGGAAUGUGUUCAGCCACCGUCUGUCUGUAUAUAGGAAAUACGACUUAAAGGGCUCAACAGUGGCUCGAGAAGCUAGUGACAAAGAAAAGGCCAAAGAACUGCCAACUUUAAAGGAUAAUGAUUUCAUUAAUGAAGGCCAAAAGAUUUAUAUUGAUGACAACAACAAAAAGGUGUUCCUGGAAAAACUCAAAAAGGAUGUUGAGUUUCUUGCCCAGUUGAAGCUCAUGGACUACAGCUUACUGGUGGGAAUUCACGAUGUGGAGAGAGCCGAGCAAGAAGAGGUGGAGUGUGAGGAGAAUGACGGGGAGGAGGAGGGGGAGAGCGACGGCACCCACCCAGUCGGGACCCCUCCGGAUAGCCCCGGAAACACGUUGAACAGCUCACCGCCCUUGGCUCCGGGGGAGUUUGAUCCGAACAUUGAUGUUUAUGGAAUUAAAUGCCAUGAAAACUCGCCUAGGAAGGAGGUGUACUUCAUGGCAAUUAUUGACAUUCUCACUCAUUAUGAUGCAAAAAAGAAAGCUGCCCACGCUGCAAAAACUGUGAAGCAUGGCGCUGGCGCGGAGAUCUCGACCGUGAACCCAGAGCAGUAUUCAAAGCGCUUUUUGGACUUUAUCGGCCACAUCUUGACGUAACCUCCCGCGCGGCCUCGGACAGACCUGAGCGUGGCAAGGGCAGAGGCGGCUUCAGCGCAGGAGAGAGGAAACCCAGCUCGGUGCAGUGCUCAUCUUGCAGGAAGCAAACCUCCUUGUUUACAUCUUCAGGCCGAGUUGACUGCUUUGGGGACGACCCGCUUUCACAGCCACCUGACAUGUCCCAGCGUCGUGCUAGCUAUUCCUGACUGUGCGCAUGUGUGAGUGCGUGCGCUUUGCGUGGGGGUGUGUGUGUGUGUGUGCACAUUUUACAAUAAUUAAUUAAAUAAAACCCAUCAGCUGGAGUCAGAACCUGUUACAACAGAAACCCUCUGGUUCCAGCUGCAGCCGAAGGAAUGCACAAGCAAAUGAGCUAGCAGCUGUUUGGGGGGAGGGGAGCAGAAAAUGCAUGCGGAGGAACCGUGUGGGCAUCGCACGACAAACUGUGGACCAGUUUUUUUUUUUUUUGAGUUGAAAGAUGUGAGAGUGUUCAUAAUAAUAAUGAAGAUAAUAAUAAUGAUGAUGAUGAUUAAAAAGAAAAAAAAAACUUACUGCAAAUGUUACACUUCCACCCCGCACGUAGACACUCCUCUUCAUCGUUGUCACCUGCGCCCCCGGCCCUGGACAGAAGAGUGCCAGCAUCCCCGUGUGUUCUGGUUCAGGGUCUGUCCCCACACAGUGUCGGGACUCCUGGUGUCCCAGAGCAACUGUCCCUCGUGCGCCGAGAAGCUGAUGCCGCAAUGACUCUGGACGCCGACACCUCCAGAAACGCGCCCAGGAAAACAGCUUACUUCUCUUUACACCCUUAUGUUGCAGUGUAGGAAUUAAUGCUAUGACAUGCAAACAGAGCUGACCUGAAAAGUGCAUAGUUUGGGGCAAUGGUAGCUGCAUCUCCCACCGUGGGAAGAUAAGCAAAGCACUAAAACUCUCAAUUCUGUUACCAAAAGCAAAUCUGAUUUAUAAGACGUUUAUGUUUGGCCUUUGUUUAAACAGCGGGUGUUUUGUUAUUAUGAAUUGUCCCUUUAACUGAGACCCUCAGUUGUACUGUUUACAUUAUUAGGAAAACAGGGAUAUAUUUGAAUCUAAAAAUUUAAUGUACAGCAUGUGGUUGUUGAAGUUUACAUGUAAAGUCGUUUUGCAGUGUAGGUGAAAUCAUGUUUGUCCUAUUGAGAUGUGUCCUGCAGUCACGUGUUUAGGUGAAUGUUGUAUUCAAAGUACACAGUAGUCGGUCUUUGACAAUAAAAGGAAAAGGAUUGUUUUGUUUCCUCCAGAUGUAAAUGUAUCAACUUAAUGAUUUAAAAAAAAAAAAUUUAACCCAAAUCUGGUUAAAUAACUUCAUUGCCCUAAACUGUGCUGACUGUGUUUAAUCAGGUUGUAAAUUUCCAACAUUGAUCGCGUAUCUACCAACUUUCCUGCAUUUUCUGGAAGGCAUCAAGCUAAAAUAUUAGACUUGCUUAGAGUAGCUUAUCAAUUUAUACGCUGUGCUAACGCUGUGCCUUUGAUAUUCUUGUUUAAAACAUGAGAUGGUUUGGGUAGGCAGUUUCAGGAAAGGGGGGGAAAUCCACCCUUCAGUGAUUGCUGAACAGCUCAUCCAGGUCCCGUGCUGCCUUCUCCCGUAACUUGACUUCAGGGCUGUCCAGGUUGCAGCUGUCCCCGGUGUAUGUGGGUUGAUGUCACAUUAUCUUUGGAAGCCAGCAGCAACGCCACCCCUUCCCCCCAACACCCCCGGAGCCCUGCCCUACCAUCCACUGACUGUAUGUAGAUCUGUUAGCUCCUACAGAUGAUGUUAACACCACUGAACCCAGCUGUACAAGUCUGCGUUUUAUGUAUUUAAUUGAUUCUGUGACUUGAGCCCCUCAUACACAUGCCAUUAAUUCUGGCAUCGAAGUUCUGUGGUUCCUUUGACCCUGAAGUAAAGAUAAGGUACCAUCUGCAUUAUUUGAGUAACCAUUUCGUUUGGUGGCCAAUCUGUGUAUGCCUUUAGAAGUUUACAAAAUGCUUUCUUUUCCUCUGUAAUGGUCUUUGUCAUUCAUUUCUGUUGAUAAACUAUUGGACAGAGUGAGGAAGUUUGCCUUGUAUUUCCUAGUGCUAACAGUACACUCCCGUCAUGAGCCGGGCUUCACGGAAUAAAGCACUUUGAAGACUCACAA